CUCCUAACUAUCACUAUCAUUAUACACAGCCAACCAGGCUACCAACCUACCAACCUACAAUCUCGACUUUUUGUCUCAUUGUUCGGUUCAUCUACUCGUCUUAGACACUCGUUUACUCAAACCCUGCCGUUCAGCCCCUGCCCUACUAUCCUUCACGAUUUCAUUUCCCACCCCGCCUAUUCCUAUUCCUGUUCCUAAUCCUGUUGGGGAUCUACUAGCGAGCUUGUAUACUUGCAAGGCUGCUUGCUAUCUACUUUUUGCGCGUGGUCGACAAAGUAGUCGUUACACGCUUUCGGUGUUAACUAUGGCUUCGCCGACCCAAGACCAUAGAGCUUCUUUAUCCCCCUUCGCUCCUCCUCAUAUGUCUAGAAGCUACGAUCCACGCAACCCACUCAGAAUCAUUGUCGAGCCAACCGCUGAGAACCAGAGGAUCUAUAACGAAAUCAGACAGACACAUGAACGCACACGUCUACAAACUCACGUCGCAUCCCAACAAAACUUAUUACCAAACCCUGCAGCUCCAUCCGUCAGCACGGCUCAUUCACCUAUAGACGACCCAGAGACGCCUUCUACACAAGACUUGACUGCCCAGGAAAGAGAGCGACACAGGAAACCUCGAGGUAGGAGAAGAGGACCGCUAAAAGAUAACACAAGAUUAAACACCGCACUCAAGCGGAAGCUCAAGCUCGCGUGCCCUCACCACCGUGCAAAGAAAAUAACGUGUGAUUGUCAUGAUUUUAGUAAACUAGAAGAGAAUUAUCGCAGUUCCUUAAUCCCGCAAUCAUCGAGUCGUGGCAUAUCACAUGAGCGAAGCGAAAUUAUGCCGCACAUGUCCUCAGAACAGGAACUAAAUCGUGAAACGUUUGGGACGGGUGGUGCUGCGACAGGACCACCGGAUCAAGACCCUACAUCAAACGAUUUCAUUGAUCUAUCACCGUUAAUGAGUGACCACGAGGACAUAAUCCGCUUUGACGUGCAACAAAUAGUAAGCCGGUUCAACUCCGACGCCAUUUAUCUGGAUGAGACAAUGCUCCAGGGUCCAGGGCAAACCUACCACCCAGGCAACGACAUGACUGGUCAAUCGCCGAACCACGUAAAUGGCGAAUUCCUCGAGAUCGGUAGUCAGAGACACGAUUACCCAAACCGUUGGCAAUGCGAGUAUAAGGGCUCGGUAGAUACCAUGUCAGAUACGUCGUCGGAACGCUCUUGUUGUUGUUGGACCGGUCCGUUUGACCAGUUGUCUGACCACUUUCGAACCAAACAUCACACCUACCAUGACAUGUCUCCACGGUUCUGGUUUGUGUGCACGCUCUGCCAUGCUAAGGCUAAGGCUCCUGAUGAUCUAGAACGACCGGCACUAGAUUUCGAUUUCAGAUGCACAAGAGAAAGUUGCUCGGGUUCUUACCAGAGAUGGUAUUACGGAUCCACCAGAGACGAAUCCGUCCUAGGGUCAGUAGUCGUUACCGAAUCCGAAGCAGGAUAUUCUUGGAAUGCAAAUCUCGAAGGGAAUCAGCCAUGGCUAGGUGGUGGAAGCAUGAAUGGUGGUUACAUCGAUAAUUCCGGGGCUGGCAACCUGUUCGAGCAUUACCAAUAUCACAACGCCAAAUGGGACACGAGUAGCGAUGCAUCCGGUCUCCGCCCUACCCGUAAAGAUCGUUUUGGAUGUUGUCGAUCGAAGCGAGGGAAGAAAACCCCAACUAGCUCGUCGCAUCAAUGUCCAAUACUCUUGCUACGUUAUGGCAAGCUGCCCGUUGGCUAUCUAAUUUCUAUUGUAGUCCCCGUGUUAGCUACAAUAAUUCAGGAAAGCAGCUGCCUUAUGCUGUCGCUUUGCACGGCUAGUAUGGAUGCAAUCGGUUGGUGCUCUUUGGUGUUACUAUUGACCGGGUUCAUCGCGACAUGGGUGAUGAAAGACCGGACCAGGGCCUAUGCUAUCGAUGAACUUAGUCACAGGCCUCGCGGCCGCCAUCGUCCAAGGAACCGGAUCCCAUCAGUCGAAACUUCGGUAUGGCAUGGAUUCCGUGUCGUAGCUGUUGCGUAGGUAGUUCACUGGAACUCCUAUGUGCCUAUAUCCUUUUGCUUCAUUUGGUCUGGCCAAAGUAUGAGUUAUGAGAUCGUUUUGCAUGUUUAGCAUUGAUACCCCUAUUUUCUUUUUUCAUAUCUUGGGUGUUGGAAUAGAAACUCCCCUUACUCCCAAGUUAAGGCCUUUUCUUUCCUUCUGGUAUAUUGCAUUUGGCAUUGAGGAUCAGCAUCUUGAGCAUUAUGGUUA